CGUGCCCUUCCGGUUCCGCUCUGGCUAGCGGCGCUGUGUGGAGAUGCUCGGGUUAGGAGAGAGGUAACGUUUAACCGUGACGGGUUCGCACCUGACCGAGAGAGCGGCAGCGCGAGGCACUCACCGUGCGACACUCUUGCACACAGUGAGCGCAAGUGGAACCGCGGCGCGAGACCCGAAACCUGUGAGAGAGCGAGCGAGCGAGUGUGUGUGUGUGUGUGUGUGUGUGUGUGUGAGUGUGAGUGUGUGUGUGUGUGUGUGUGUGAGUGUGAGAAAGCGAUAGAGAGCGCGCGCGCGCCUGCCCCCGUCCGCCCCUCGAGCCGCUCGCUGGUCGUCAUGGCGAAGAACACGCUGUGGUCGCGGUUCCGGGGCGUGGACAUAGACCAGUACGACGAGAACCGGUUCGUGGACGAGAACGAGGAGGCCGCCGAGCAGCAAGGGCCGGACGGAGCCGAGGUGGACGCGCUCAUCAGGCAAGGAGACUUGAUGACUGCGUUUCACGUGGCUCUGAAGAACCCGCCCAUCAACUCCAAAAACCCAGCUGUGAAGGAGCGUGCCCAGGCCGUGGUGCUGCGUGUUCUCACCUCCUUUAAGAGCAGUGACAUUGAGCCGGCUGUGAAGUCUCUGGAUAAGAACGGAGUGGAUCUGCUGAUGAAGUACAUCUACAGAGGGUUUGAGAAACCAUCAGAUAACAGCAGCGCCAUCCUGCUGCAGUGGCAUGAAAAGGCCUUUGCGGUUGGAGGUUUGGGUUCCAUCGUACGGGUCCUGACGGCACGGAAAUCCGUGUGAAAAAAUAAAUGUAAAGAAAAUCCAGAGCCACGGGAUCGAUCCGUUUUGGUUUUUUUUCUUCGCCCUCUUAAAUACGGACAGCUCACGUUAAAUCACUUCACAGUCGGGAGCGUCUCCCACUCACUCGCACACACACUACAAUGAACAGUGUAUUUUAUUUAAUAACGAUCAGGAGGAGUGUGUUGUGUUGUAUUUAUUGUACAUUAUUAAAUCACCUCAAUAUUUAGCGCCUGGAGUCUUCUGUGAAUGAAGGAGAAAAGAGGAGGAUAAUCGACUGGGCAGUUAAAACUCUCAUCCGUUUUGGCCAGCGCGGUCUCGGAUACAGAUUUUUGUUUUUGUACAGAAAGAUGAUUAAUAUAUAUAUAUAUAUAUAUAUAUAGUGUGGAGGUCGCGAGGGGUCACGCAUGUCCCGACCGUAUCGCGGACACCGCCGGGUCAAAAAAUGGGGUAAAAAAAAUAUACAUAACCCUAACGUUAAACCUUUCUGGAGUAGCUAACUUUACUAGUUAGCUGGCUAACUAACGUUUGUGAUCAGUUGAUCAUCUUUAAUCUCCGCCCCUCCGACGAUGCCAGAGGCUCGGGACAUACGAGGACAUCUGUGUGUGUGUGUGUGUGUGCGCGUGGGGGGGUUAAUAUGUGAAGUGCCUGGUGCAAUAAAGAUCACAAAUAUGUU